AUGUGCUCAUUGGAAAGUUCUUUAACAUCUUCUGAAAGCUCUGAAAGAAAAGAAGGAGAAAAAUUCAAUAGAAGAAAUAGGAGAGAGUGCGAAAAUUUCGAUUCUAAUUCACUGGAAUUUCCAGUGUCGUGUCUGAUGUCUGCGUCUCUCACUGAGCCUCAUGAUGAUUCAUCUUUUGGGAACAAGUUGAAGAAAGAUGAUUCAUCUAAUGAGAACAAGUUGAAGAAAGCAAAGUUCUCAGAAAUGUUUGAUAUGAAUAGCCAAUUUCAGAAAGACAUGAACUCAAGUCACUCAACAAGUUCAAAAGCAUUAUUAUUAGAUUUAAAUUGCAGUUUAAACUCUUGUGAACCAUGA